UUGCGUAAACUUCACUUUGUUGUUGCUCCAAUUAUUCCACCGGUGUGUUUGUUUAUUAAAAAAAAAAAUAAAUUAAUUUAUUUAUUGUUAUAAACAACAAUCAAUAAAUUUUUGAAAAAUGCUAAAGAUAAAAAUUGUAUUAAAUAGCUGUUAAUAAUUAUAAUUAAAAAUAUCAAACGUGGUCAUUAUUAUUAUUGGUUUUGUAGGUUAUUUGUUUUGUGAUUGUUUAUUAAUUAAUAAUAAUAAUAACAAUGAAUAAUCAAUCGCCAAUUAAAACAAAUAAUCCAGCUCCAACUGUAGAGCAAAUUAAUGCUGAUCGUAUAACCCAGCUUGCAAAUGAAUACUGGUCACCUCAAACAGCAAAUAAUCAUAAGCCAUUUGAUCCAUUGGUUAUUGGUAAUAUUUAUGUUGAAGAAAUAUCUUUAUCAAAAUUUUCAAUACGUCGUAUAAUGAUGCUUGAAUUUAGUCAAUAUCUUGAAAAUUAUCUUUGGCCAAAUUAUGAUGCUGAUAAAGCAACUCGUGAUCAUACAAUGUCAAUUGUUGUUAUGGUUAAUGAAAAAUUUCGUGAACGUGUACAAGUAUGGGAAGCAUUUGAAAAAAAUCCAUCACAAUUUUCUGGUUUUUUUAAACGUGUACUUGAAGCAUGUCUUGAAGAUAGUAUUAUUGAUUAUGAAUUACGUGAUCAAACAGCAUUAAUUGUAUUUUUAAAUCGUUGUUUUAAUUCAAUGGAAAUUCCAUUAAUACGUGAAGAAGCUAAAAGACUUGUAUCUCUAUUAAUGUGGACAUCAUUACAAGAAAAUCGUCGUGAGCUUGAAUUUAAAAAAAAUCAUUAUUUAAAGAAAAAAUUUAAAAUUCUUUUAAAAAAAGAUAAACCAGAUAUGAAACAACAAUUAAUGUGGGAAAGAAAAUUUUUACAUAAAUUAAUGAUUAAAUUUAUGACAAUAUUAGAAACAAUUGAAAUUCAAGGUCCAAUAAAUCCAGAUAAAAUACGUUAUUGUGAAAGAUUUUUAGAGCUUAUGAUUGAUCUUGAGGCACUUUUACCAACAAGAAGAUAUUUUAAUACAGUCAUGGAUGAUUGUCAUCUUGUUGUACGUUGUCAAUUAUCAAAUUUACUAAAACGUCCAGAAGGAAACUUAUUUGGCCAGCUUUUGGAAAUGCUGAAAUUUUAUGCUAGAUUUGAAAUUAAUGAAGACACUGGAAAUCCACUUACUGAUCAUGAUAUGACUGAAUAUCAUUAUGCUAAAAUAACAUCAUUACAGAAAGCUGUUUUUGUUAAAUUUCCUGAAUUACGAAACUUUGGUUUAGCUAAUGUUGCAAGUGUUGAUACACGUGAUACACUUACUAAACAUUUUGGUUCAUUAUCUGUUGAAAAAUUAAAAGCAAUUGCAAGUUAUUUAAGUCUUGUACCACCAGAUGAAAGAUUAGCUAUUGAAAAUUGGUAUAGACUUGAUUUAAAUUUUUUAUGUGAAUUAUUAGUAUCACGUCAUGAAAGACGUGCAUCACAACUUGAAGAAUUAAAUGAAAUGCCACUUUAUCCAACAGAGGAUAUAAUAUGGAAUGAAAGUAUUGUACCAACUGAAUAUUUUUCUGGUGAAGGUUGUUUAGCAUUACCAAAAUUAAAUUUACAAUUUUUAACAUUACAUGAUUAUUUAUUACGUAAUUUUAAUUUAUUUCGUUUGGAAUCAACAUAUGAAAUACGUCAAGAUAUUGAAGAUUCAGUAAGUCGUCUAAGUCCAUGGAAAGCUGAAGAUAAUGGUGUUUAUUUUGGUGGUUGGGCUAGAAUGGCACAGCCAAUAACACAAUUUGCUGUUGUUGAAGUUGCUAAACCAAAUAUUGGUGAAAAACGUCCAUCAAGAGUACGUGCUGAUGUAUCAAUAAAUUUAAAUGUCAGAAAAGAAAUUAAAAAUGAAUGGGAAAAUUUACGUAAACAUGAUGUAUGUUUUUUAAUAACAGUUAAACCGUUAAAUCCAAUUGGUACAAAAUACAGUCAUAAAUUACCAUUUGUAUCACAAGUUGGUUUAACAACAGUACGUGGUUGUGAAGUUGAAGGUAUGCUUGAUUCAAAUGGUAGAGUUAUUGAAGAUGGACCAGAACCAAGACCAACUCUACCUGGUGAUAAACGUACAUAUCGUGUAUGGCUUGAUUCAAAUCAAUAUCGUAUUGAUAUGGAUAAUGCAUCACAUGGUAAUGAUGAUGUUUAUGAAACAUUUAAUAUUAUUAUGAGAAGAAAACCAAAAGAAAAUAAUUUUAAAGCUGUACUUGAAACAAUUAGAGAAUUAAUGAAUACAGAAUGUGUUGUACCAGAUUGGUUACAUGAUAUUAUACUUGGUUAUGGUGAUCCAGGUUCAGCAAAAUAUACAAGAAUGGAUAAUGAAAUACCAAAAAUGGAUUUUAAUGAUACAUUUUUAAAUUUAGAACAUUUAAAACAAAGUUUUCCUGGUUAUACAUUAAAUAUUAUUAAUGAUAAUAAUGAUAAUAAUAAACCACCAUUUAAAUUAACAUUUGAAGAUGUUUAUCAUAAAAAUAAUAAUGAUAAUUAUGAAAAAAAAAAUAUAAUAACUGUUGAAUCACAUGUAUUACCAAGUAGAGGACCAUAUAAAUCAAAUAAAUUAAAAAAUAAUCAAAUACCAUUUACACCAACACAAGUUGAAGCAAUACGUUCUGGUAUGCAACCAGGUUUAACACUUGUUGUUGGUCCACCAGGUACUGGUAAAACAGAUGUUGCUGUACAAAUAAUAUCAAAUUUAUAUCAUAAUUUUCCAAAUCAAAGAACUCUCAUUGUAACACAUUCAAAUCAAGCACUUAAUCAAUUAUUUGAAAAAAUAAUGGCACUUGAUAUUGAUGAAAGACAUUUAUUACGUCUUGGUCAUGGUGAAGAAGCACUUGAAACUGAAAAAGAUUUUAGUCGUUAUGGUAGAGUUAAUUAUGUACUUGCUAAACGUUUAGAUUUAUUAAUGGAUGUACAACGUCUUAAAGAAUCAUUAAAUGUUAAAGGUGAUGUUGCAUAUACAUGUGAAACUGCUGGACAUUUUUUUAUUGAUCAAAUAAUAACACGUUGGGAUCAAUUUCAAAUAAAUAUUAAAGAAAAAUUAAAUGAAAAUGAUAGUAAUAAUAUUAUUAAUAUUAUUAAUAAUGAAUUUCCAUUUCAUAAAUUUUUUGAUAAUGCACCACAGCCAUUAUUUAAAUGUAAUAAUUAUAAUGAAGAUUAUGAAAUUGCUGAAAGUUGUUUUAGAUAUAUUGAACGUAUAUUUACACAACUUGAAGAAUUUCGUGCAUUUGAAUUAUUACGUUCUGGUUUAGAUAGAUCAAAAUAUUUAUUAGUUAAAGAAGCUAAAAUAAUUGCAAUGACAUGUACACAUGCUGCAUUAAAAAGACGUGAGCUAGUUGAUAUGGGUUUUAAAUAUGAUAAUAUAUUAAUGGAAGAAUCAGCUCAAAUAUUGGAAAUCGAAACAUUUAUACCAUUGUUAUUACAAAAUCCAGAAGAUAAUUAUAAUCGUUUAAAACGUUGGAUUAUGAUUGGUGAUCAUCAUCAAUUACCACCAGUUAUUAAAAAUAUGGCAUUUCAAAAAUAUUCAAAUAUGGAACAAUCAUUAUUUGCUAGAUUUGUUAGAUUAAAUGUACCAACUGUUGAUUUAGAUGGACAAGGACGUGCAAGACCAAGUAUUUGUAAUCUUUAUAAUUGGCGUUAUAAAAAAUUAGGUAAUUUACAUCAUGUUGAAGAUAGUCCAGAAUAUAAAAUAGCAAAUGCUGGAUUUUUAUAUGAUUUUCAAUUAAUUAAUGUUGAAGAUUUUAAUGGUGUUGGUGAGAGUGAACCAAGUGCAUAUUUUUAUCAAAAUUUAGCUGAAGCUGAAUAUUGUGUUGCUGUAUUUAUGUAUAUGAGAUUACUUGGUUAUCCAGCUGAUAAAAUAAGUAUACUUACAACUUAUAAUGGACAAAAACAUCUUAUACGUGAUGUUAUUAAUAUAAGAUGUGCUAAUAAUCCAUUAAUUGGUAGACCAAGUAAAGUAACAACUGUUGAUAAAUAUCAAGGUCAACAAAAUGAUUAUAUUUUAUUAUCACUUGUUAAAACAAGAGCUGUUGGUCAUUUGAGAGAUGUCAGACGUCUUGUUGUUGCAAUGUCACGUGCAAGACUUGGUCUUUAUGUAUUUGCUCGUGUAUCAUUAUUUAAAAAUUGUUUUGAAUUAACACCAGCAUUUAAUCAAUUAAUGAAAAGACCAUUAAAACUUCAAUUAUUACCACAUGAAUUAUAUCCAGCAAAAAGAUUAAAUCAUGAAGAAUCAACAACUCCAAUUAUGGAAAUACAAGAUAUGCCACAUGUUGCUAAAUUUGUUUAUGAUUUUUAUAUGACUAAAGUUAAUGCAGUUAAAAAAAUUGAUCAAGAUAAUGUUGUUGUUGAUGUUGAUGAUGGUAAUAAUAAAGUUUGGGCUGAACCAGGUGUUGCUAUUGAUACUACAAGUCAUCCAGAACAUCAUGUACCACUUCAUCCUGGUGCUGAUGAUGGUGAAUCAGAUGAUGAAGAGGAUAAUCAAACUAAUCUCAACAAACAACAAGAAAAUGGAGAUAAAAAAAAACAAGAAAUACAAGUUCCAAUUGAAAAUUUAAUUGAAAAUAUGGAACAAGACUAAGUAUAUACCUAUAUAUUUUUUCCUUUUUUUUUUUUUUUUUUAUUUCAAAACAAUCUAUAAUUUUUUUUUUCAAUUCAAUAAAAUAAAUAACGUUUGUACAAAAUUUAUUCUUUUAAAAUAUUUUUUUUUUUCAAUAAACGUUUUGUUGGAUCUUUUGGUUCAUGUGCUUUUCUUAUUUUUUUUUUUAAUGGAAUAUAUUCAUCAUUUUGAAUUUUUGUUGAUGAUGGUACAUAUGAUAAAUUAAAAUCAAUUUUAUUUGUUGCAAAAUUUGGCUCAUAUUCUUCAACAAUAAUUGAUGAAUUUGAAUUUUUUAAACUUGGUAUAUAUUUAAGUGUUGUUAAAUCUGUUGUUAAUUUACAUGGUUUUGAUGUUGGAAUGUAUUCAUCAUUUGUUGUAUCAAUAACAGAUUCAAAAUUAUUUUUUUUUCUUUUUUUCGAUGUUAAACUUGAUGAGUAUUUAUUUUUUGACCAUUUAAUUUCUGAUGUAGGAAUAUAUUCAUCUGGCUGUUCAGCUUUAUCAAUGACACUUUGAUUAAUGGAAUUUUUUGUUUUUUUAUUUAAUAAAAAAUCAGGUACAUAUUCAACACUGUCAAUUGCUGUUGUUGUUGUUCCAUUUAAU